CUAACAUCUGGAGCUUCUCCUCUCCUGCCUCCUCUUUUCCUCCAGUGGUUCAAUGCCAGGAUGUGGCGCUCUGUGGCUCUGCUCCUCUCUGGGUUCUCCGCUUUGAUCAACGUGUCGUUACAGGGGCCUCAUCAGAGGAACCUGCUGAAGAACCUGCUGAAAGACUACAACCGGAUGGAGCGACCCGUGGGCAACGACUCUCACCCCCUUACGGUCGUCUUUUCCCUCAGUUUGAUACAGAUCAUGGACGUGGAUGAGAAGAACCAAGUGUUAACUUCAAAUAUGUGGUUACAAAUGACUUGGUUCGACCACUACCUCCAGUGGAACCAGAGCGAACACCCCGGGGUGAAAAACCUCCGCUUCACAACGGAUCAGAUCUGGACGCCGGACAUCCUGCUCUACAACAGUGCAGAUGACGACUUUGACUCCACCUUUAAGACCAACGUUCUGGUGAACUCCAGCGGCUUUGCCAAGUAUCUGCCUCCAGGAAUCUUCAUGAGCACGUGCAAUGUGGAUGUUCGCUGGUUUCCUUUUGACAUUCAGAAGUGCGAGUUAAAGUUCGGCUCUUGGACGUACGACGGCUGGCUGCUUGACCUUCAGAUGACUGACGCAGACAUCUCGGGAUAUAUGCCCAACGGAGAGUGGGAUCUAAUCGGUGUUCCUGGCACCAGAAAUGACGUCUUCUAUGAUUGCUGUAAGGAGCCUUACACGGACGUGACUUUUGUUAUAACAAUACGGCGGCGGACGCUCUACUAUGCUCUGAAUCUGCUCAUCCCGUGUGUGUUGCUGUCGUCCAUGACUCUACUAAUCUUUGUGCUGCCAGCUGACUCCGGAGAGAAGAUCUCAUUGGGUAUCACCGUGCUGCUGUCGCUCACCGUUUUCAUGCUGCUGGUGGCAGAAAUCAUGCCCGCCACAUCCGACUCUGUCCCUCUCAUAGGUCAGUACUUCGCCAGCAUAAUGAUCAUCGUUGGGAUGUCGGUCAUCGCUACAGUGAUUGUUUUACAGUAUCAUCACCACGAUCCAAACGGAGGCAACAUGCCGAAAUGGGUGCAGCUCGUUUUGCUACAGUGGGUGGCGUGGUUCCUGCGGAUGAAGCGGCCGGGGGAGAACGAUGACCCUGAGCGGCCGCCCUGCGCUCCCAACCUGCGCCGCUGCUCCUCAGGCUCGCAGAGCGGGAGCAUCCCGAACCCUCUUGACACCAACCUCCACCCGCUGCACCCACAGAACCUGACACCUCUCCAGACAGGCCCGCUUCACGCGGGGCACCCUCACCUGCACACCCAGUCCAGUGCCAACAACAACGGGAACCUUCUUUACAUGGGCUUCCAGAGCAUCGAGGACUCUUCGGUGUUGUCAGAACCUGUCCAGAGGAAUAACCUCACAGGACCCCCACGGGUGGCAGGAAGUCCACCUCCCCACCUGCCAUCUCAGUUCUGCAGCUCCCCACCACCUCAGGAUACGGUCGGGUGUCCCAGCACCGUCUCUAGUGGUGGGGGCUUUGGAGGUGGGCCCGGAGGACUAGGAGGGGGCUCCACUUCAGGAAUGGGAGACCCCCAGCUGCAGGCUAUCCUGGAGGAGGUGCGUUACAUGGCGGACCGUUUCCGAGAGCAGGAUGAGACUGAGAGCAUGGCUGACCAGUGGAAAUUCGCCGGCGCUGUGAUCGACCGCCUGUGUCUGGUGGCGUUUAGUGUUUUUAACAUUAUUUGCACCAUCUCUAUCCUCAUGUCUGCUCCGAACUUUGUGGAGGCUAUUUCCAAGGAUUUUGUUUGAAAGCAAAGCUUAAGAAAAAAAAACAAGAAGACGAGGAGAAACAUUUACGAACAACUGAAGAAAACGAAGUAUGAAAUGCAGAGCAGAGUGGGCCCUGAUCCAAGGAAACACAAUUUCCAGCAAACCGUAAGCUUUGUGAUUUGUGAUUGCAAGGAUCUGGGAAAUGGAAAGAAACGAAUGGUUUUCUGUUUCUGAUACAUUCUGUUUUGUAACCCCAAAAAAAAAAAAAA